AUGGUGGGAUAUAAUUUGGUAGAGCUUAGCGAUAGAAAUACUUCUAUAAACGAUCCUGAUUCGAAAAUUAAAAUUAUAGAUGUUUGGAAGCAUAAUCUAGAUACGGAAAUGCACAAGAUUAUACAUAUGGUUGAAAAGUAUCCUUGCAUAGCAAUGGAUACUGAAUUUCCUGGAGUAGUUGCUAGACCAGUUGGUAAUUUUAGAACACAAUCAGAGUAUCACUACCAAACAUUGAAGUGUAAUGUUAACUUGUUAAGAGUUAUUCAACUCGGAUUAACAUUUACCGAUUUGCAAGGAAAUGUUCCUGAUGAUGGACAAUGUGUUUGGCAAUUUAACUUCAAAUUCAACUUGAAAGAGGAUAUGUAUGCACAAGAUUCUAUUGAACUUUUGGCCGAUAGUGGUAUCAAAUUUUUGAGCCAUGAAAAGGAAGGAAUUGAUGUUGAAACAUUUGGAGAAAAGUUAAUUUCUUCUGGUAUUGUACUUUCUGAAGAUGUUAAAUGGAUAUCAUUUCACAGUGCUUAUGACUUUGGAUAUUUGAUAAAGCUCUUAACAAAUGAUCCAUUACCAGAAGUUGAACGUGAUUUCUUUGAAUUAUUACAUACAUUUUUCCCAUGUAUUUAUGAUAUUAAAUACUUGAUGAGGAGUUGUGAUACUUUGAAAGGAGGAUUGAACCAAUUGGCGGAAGACUUGGGCCUUAGGAGAAUUGGUCCUGCUCACCAGGCCGGUUCUGAUAGUUUAUUGACAAGUGCUACAUUUUUCAAAAUGAUGAAAGUUUUCUUUGAAAAUAACAUGAAUGACAAGAAGUAUAUAGGUAUUUUAUAUGGAUUAGGUGAAGGUUUUGAUCAAAAUCAUGGUUUAGGUUAUAAGAAUGGUAAUAAGAAGAUUGGAAAUGUUCAAAAUAUUCACAUGCAAUCCAUUAGUGAUUCCAAUGCAGAAAUUGCAACUGAUUAUACGUAA